AUGGCGCCAUCCGCAGUUUCGCCGCCGCCCUUUACCGCCAACAAGCUGCUUGUCAAGCCCUGGUCCCGACCACAGCCAACAAAGGAAGAUUUGUACUGGGCACCUUUAACCACAAUUGAUCUUUCGCGGUUCGACGAGCCAGGCGGGAAGCAGGAACUGGCGAAGCAACUCUACGAUGCCAUCUCACGAGUCGGGUUCUGGGUCGUGACGGGCACCUGCAUCGAUGAUGAGCGAGUGCUACGCCAGUUUAGUAUCGGAAACACUUUCUUCAAAGAGCCAUUGGAGGAAAAGAGGAUUUACCCGUGCAAUUUUGCGGAAGGCGAAUACUUCGGAUACAGGGAGAAUGAGAGGUGGCUUGGAGACACAGGGGUGAAGGAGAAUAUUGAAAUGCUCAACAUUCAUAAGGACAUCCCAGCUUGGAAGGACGUCGGCCGUCAUCGGGUCAUCGAAGAGAACUGGGAUGAGAUUCGAGACUUCCACCGCGACGUUUGGGAAGUGGCGCGAAAGCUCUUUGUUCUCAUCGCCAUCAUCUUGGAGCUCCCAGAGAAUUAUCUCGCUGAUGCUCAUGCCUAUGACCAUUUAUCGGAUGAUCAUUUACGGUACAUGAUCUACAACGUUCGGACUGAGGAGGAAUGGGACAAAGCGCAAGCCUUUUCGACGGGCGGACAUACAGACUUUGGCAGCUUAACUCUGCUCUUUUCUCAGCAUGUUGCGGGACUGCAAAUCAGGACGCCAGAGGGAGACUGGAAGUAUGUGAAGCCCGUUGAGGGUGGAAUUACAUGCAAUGCUGCAGAUACUUUGACUUUUCUCACAAAUGGAUUCAUCAAGUCAACAAUUCAUCGUGUAGUAAAGCCACCCAAGGAUCAGAUUAACAUUCCCCGGCUGGGCCUUCUGUACUUCAGCCGGCCGGGUGAUCAUACGCCAAUGAGGACGUUGCCAUCUCCUCUUCUAGAUCGGCUUGGUCUGAUUAGAGAUGAAGACAGAGACUUGAGCAGACCAGUUCCUUCUGGGACCGAGUACGUGCGGGCAAGAGUGAAAGACGUGCACCACAAGAAGGUGCUUGAUAAGCGCGAAGGAACCUCGUUCCAGUACAAGGGGUUAGAAGUCAAGAAUCACUAUGACUGA